CAACGCGAUUAAUUGUUUGCCUCAUCGUCUUCUUCUCCGAUCUCUCCCCUCCCCCGUGCUCCAAACCCUAGCAAGCAGCCACCCAGACAUGGAAUCGUAAUCGUCUCGCUGGCCACAAUCCCCUCUCUGAUCUCAUCCGAUGCCCGCGUCCUCCUCCUCAAGUGGCAACACCUGUACCUCAUCCCCGCCGCCGCCGCCGCGGGCCAUGAAGCGCGAGCUCGCGUUCGCGCUUCGGUCCCUCUCCGAGAUCUCCGCCUCCCCCGGCCGCACGCGCUCUGGCCGCCCCAUCUCUUCCCUACCUGACCCAUCAGCAUCUGCAUCCCUCAAGCGGCGCAAGAGAUCCGAUCCACCACCACCCGCCGCCGCCGAUCUCGUUUCCCCGCCCACGCCGCCCAUCGACGCCGAGCCGCCCACCCAGCCCCUUCGCGACAUCAUCGAACCGGUCGAUGGAUCCAAUCCUCCCACCGCCGCUGAUCACCAAUCCAAUUCCAGUGCCGCCCAAGAGGUCAUUGCACAAAAGAUGCUAGAAGCCCCACAACCGUCGCACGCUGAGGCUGAGGACUCGCUGAUUGCAAAGCCGAAUGUGCCAAUGGAGGAAUGUGCUGCUGCGCUGGAUGCAGCACCAACUCUGCUGGAAUCCAUCGGUGCAGCUGGAAACGACCAGUGUAAUAGCUCUAACUCAGAUGUAGGAAGUCUACAGCCGCAGGCUGCCGACAAUGCAUUAGCCCCCGCUCCUCUGCUAGUUGAAGAAACUACCACACCAUUGCCCGCCGCCGAGCUCAAACCUGCAAGGCGCUUCACUCGUUCCCUGCUCAAGAAUAAACCAGACAAAGAAGACUCUGCAGCUAGUACAAGUCAGAUGACACCAGAUGAUAGCAAGGAGGCCUCAUUUGAUUUGGCUUUGCUGCUGGAGAAGCCUCAAAGAAGGUUCACAAGGUCGCUGCUCAAGACAAAGGUUGAGAGCAGUUUGGUUGGAUCUGAUGAUGCGCAUGACAGUGCAUCCGACUCCCCUCCAUCAGUGAAGAAGAUGGAGAUGAAGAUGUCAAAAAAAGUUGCCUGCCUCACAAAGCACCCUGGAAACAUUAGGGAGCUGCUCAACACCGGCCUGCUUGAGGGAAUGACAGUUAUGUACAUCAUUCCUCAUAGCAAGAAGGCUGUGCUAAAAGGAGUGAUUACUGGUUGCAAUAUACGUUGCUUUUGUCCGUCCUGUGAUGGCUCAAAGGCUGUUUCGGCGUAUUACUUCGAACAACAUGCUGGAAGCACCAAAAAACACCCUGCUGACUACAUUUACUUAGGGAAUGGCAGUAGUUUGCGUGAUGUGCUGCGUGCAUCAGAAAGAUCUCCCUUGGAGGCUCUGGAAAAAACAAUUCGUUCCUCCAUUGGUCCAGUGGUUAAUGGGAGCCUCGUUAAUUGCCUGAAUUGCAAUGAGCAUGUUCUUCCGUCAUCACAAACUGAACAUGUAUUGUGUCGACGUUGCCUCGAGUCAAAGCAACCUCAAGAUCAUACCACCCCAUCAUAUCCAUGUAAGAGCAAUUCCAGCCUGACUCCAAGUUCCAAGGAGGCUUUUCUAAAAAUAUCAUCGAGCAAGAAGGGUGGAAGUGCUGGCAAAGUAACAAACAAGGAUAAUGGACUACACAAAUUGGUCUUUAAUGUCUUGCUUGAUGGCACAGAAGUAGCUUACUAUGUUGAUGGGCAGAGAAAGGUUGAUGGGUAUAUCAAGGAUCAAAGAAUCUACUGUAAUCACUGCAACAGAGUGGUUAGCCCAUCAGCAUUCGAAGCUCACGCGGGUGAGGGAUCAAGGCGCAAGCCGUAUGAUAACAUCUUCACGUCAAACGGAGUGUCAUUGCAUGAGCUGGCCAUGAAAAUAUCAAAGGAUAUGGAACGGUCAGAACGCGAAACGGAUGAUCUGUGCAGAGAAUGCGGUCAUGGGGGAGAUAUUUUCCCAUGCAAAAUCUGUCCAAGGUCAUUUCAUCCAGCUUGUGUUGGACUGCCUGAAGCACCCUCAGAAUGGUAUUGUGAUAGUUGCAGGAGUCUUGUACAAAAAGAAAAGGCUUUGGCAAAGAACAAAAACGCUAAAGCUGCUGGGAGGCAAGCUGGAGUUGAUUCCAUUGAACAGAUAAUGAAGAGGGCUAUACGAAUUGUCCCCAUGUCUGAUGAUCUUGGAGGCUGUGCUCUAUGCAAAAAGAAAGACUUCAACAAUGCUGUAUUUGAUGAGCGCACUGUGAUACUCUGUGACCAAUGUGAGAAAGAAUAUCAUGUAGGAUGUUUGCAGAGUCAAUGGCAGGUAGAACUAAAGGAAUUGCCAGAGGGGGAGUGGUUCUGUUGCAGUAGUUGCUCUGGGACACGACUGUCAUUGGAAAAGAUAAUCUCCGAUGGAGCUCAACCAUUGGCGGAGCCAGAUAUUGAAAUCAUAAGGAUGAAACAUGAGAUAAGAGGUUUAUGCAUGGACACCAGUACAGAUCUCAAAUGGCAAUUACUUUCUGGUAAAAGAGCUACUGAAGAUGGAAGGAUAUUGCUCUCAGCUGCAGUGCCGAUUUUUCAUCAAUCCUUUGAUCCUAUUGUUGAAGCUCACACCGGUAGGGAUCUCAUUCCUGAGAUGGUUCAUGGGAGGGGGCCUAAGGAGGGGAUGGCUGGCCAAGAUUACGGCGGAAUGUACUGUGCAUUGUUGACCAUGGGCUCUACUGUGGUGUCAGCAGCACUUUUGCGUGUCAUGGGAGGUGAUGUGGCUGAGCUACCCCUGGUUGCUACAAGUCGGGAUGUUCAAGGGCUGGGCUACUUCCAGGCAUUGUUCUCAUGCAUGGAGAGGGUGCUAAUCUCGCUGAAGGUCAAGCACUUUGUGCUUCCAGCUGCCCAUGAAGCUGAAGGAAUAUGGAUGAAUAAAUUUGGCUUCUCUCGGAUCCCUCCAGAAGAGCUGGAAGCUCAUCUUAACGGGGCGCACCUGACUAUAUUCCAGGGGACAUCGUACCUGUAUAAGGCUGUUCCUCUGCCAUCAUCCCAGGAAAAAGAGAGAUCGGAGCCGGAGUAACUAAGCUAGCAGGAUUUGUCUGUGUUUUGAGGUCGCGCGAUGUGCAUAAGAUGAGGAAGCAUGUCAAGACAGUGGAUGGUAUACAAUAGCAAGGGGACGAAAGGAGGUGGAGGAUACUAGACAAGUAAGCUGGGCAAUUGAUUUUGGAUGAUGCAGUGCAGAGAGACAUGAUACAGUAGCAAUUUGAUUUAGCAAUGACUUGGCGCUGGCGCUGGGGUUGACAAGUGGUGGCGCACCUGUUUUUUUGAUGUAGAUGCAGCCGCGAACUAGCCAAAUUUUGAUCUGUUUGACCGACAAGUGUUGUGUGGGGCGCUCUUGUAAUCGAUGUUGCAUUGGUUGAAGUUGAAAUGUCCAGACGAUAUCCUUUCCUUUGAUUGAACACACAUCCUCUACUGAAAGUGCAGGGAUAUGCUUUCCGUUGGUUUGGUUGAAA